AUGCAGUCACUAGAAAAUGUGCUGAUGAACGACGACUUUAUUUACGAGACACGGGAAGAACCUGGAACAGAGAUCGUAACAGAGAUCUUCUUUCUUCAUCAGGACUCGAGAGUCAUGUGGCGUGCAUUCCCCCACGUCAUGAUGAUCGAUGCAACGUACAAGACAAACAUAUACAAUAUGCCCUUUAUCCAGAUUGUUGGUAUGACGCCUACCAACAAAUCGUUUAUUAUCGCGCAUGCCGUUGUUAGUAAAGAACGGGGUGAUAACUUUGUGUGGGUGCUUGAGAGGGUUAAGGCAAUGUUGGAUGAAUGUAUGGAGCCACGUGUGAUUUUAACGGAUAGAGACCUAGCCCUUAUGGGCGCGUGUGCUAAAGUAUUUCCAGACGCCUCCAGGCUUCUUUGCAGGUGGCACAUACAACAGAAUGUUAUGAAGUACUGCAAGGGUGCCUUCACAGACGACGACUGGAAGAAAUUUAUGUCAUUCUGGGGGACAUUGAUUGAGUCUCCAUCCAUACCCAUCUACGACUACCACUUGCGCAACAUGCGAAAGCGACUUGUGGAGUGCAAACGUUCUAGAGUCUUCAAAUACGUGUACGAUAACUGGCUAAAAGACUAUAAGGAGAUGUUUGUAUUUGCGUGGACUGAUAAGAGGCGCAACUUUGGUAAUUGUACUACAAACAGAGUUGAGAGCCAACAUGCCAACUUAAAGAGAUACGUCGAAGAUAGGAGCUCGCUGGACCGUAUAGUUGGUUGUGUCCGGGAUAUAGUUGAGACACAGUUCGGUGAAAUAAGGAAGACUUUUCGAGAAAGCAUCGAAAAAACAAUGAAACACCACAAACACCCGAUGUUUCAACACCUACUUGGAAAAGUAUCCCACAAAGCCCUUGACUUGUUGCAUGGAGAGGCAAUUAGGAGGCUAGAUGUCUUGGAGCGCUUUAAUUCAUCACGUGGUUGCCAAAUGUGGCACAGCUGUGGGUUGCCCUGUGCUUGUAGGAUAGAAAAGUACAUGCGUGAAGAGCGUCCGAUUCAACUCGAAGACAUAGACGUCUUCUGGCGGAAACUUAACUUCCAAAGUUGUAAAUUGAUAGACGACUCACUUGACGUGGUCGAAGAGCUAGAUGUUGUUAGACAACAAUUACAAUCGCACCCCCCAGCUCAGCAAAAAAGCCUGCUUUCAAAGAUUAAAGCGGUGUUGACUCCAACGAAAUCUACCAAGAAACCACCGGUUGUCCAACAAAAUACUCGUGGCCGACCAACAACAAAGCAGGUACAAGAAAGGUUGGACGAGGCCUCUCGUAUAGAUGAAGAAUUGAGGAGAAGCUCCUUCGGUGAUGCAAACACGUGCUUUGAAGGUUCACGACAAAGUAAGUACGAUAAACCUCGCCACAGCUCGUACGUUCCGUCUCAGGCCUCACAACAGUCGGUUAUAAGGUCCCAAAAACCCAAAGCGACCCUAAGCCGUUCAAAGAGUUCUAAGAAGAAAGAGACACGAGAUGAUCACGGUUUUCCUUUAAUCAUUGGGGACGAGUACGUGGGAAUCAUCGAACGGUUUAAGUCUGACAUUCCGCCAGUGUUCCAUCCGUACGUCUCGUGCAUACGAGAUGUGAUGCCGGACGGUCAUUUGUGGGUUUCGGUCUGUGGCUGUGGGCUUAGUGUCGGUGCACUUGUGUCUGUACUUUUAUUUAUUAUGGAGGACGAUCUGAUACCGGGCGAUGACAUUCACAUAGAGCCGGUUCAGCAGGGUCCACGACGGAGACAGCGACCGCCUGUGGAUACGCUGCAGGGGCAUCCAUAUCUUGAGUUUCCCGACGGCACUGACGCCGCCCGUCAUUGCCAGAAGCUUAGGAGGAUGCACGUUGGAUCGCAUGCAUCGAUCGACUGGGAUGCGAUGGAGGAGAUUGCUGAGACGCCGAGAGUGCGUCGGUUUAUACCUAUCGAUUCGCCGUGGCAUCGUCUUUUUGAUUUGGCGCACACGCCGACCUACAGGGAGCUGCUGGUCGAGUUCCUUUCGUCAUUCACAUUUCACCCUCCUGGGGAGCCAGUGCCGCUUCCGUACCCAGGUGCUCCCCAUCCGCCUGAGGUUUCUUUCAGGCUUGCUGGCGUUAUGCGUUCGAUGACGCUAGCACAGUUUGCGGUGCAUUGUGGUUUAUACAUGCAGGAGGAGAUCGAGACUGAGAUUUACACAGCGGGGCUAGUGGUGGUUGAAAAACCCACUCUUGUAGGGUUUUGGCAGGUGAUUGCGGGGGCGGAUCAUUGGGAGCACGAAAAGUCGAAGGGGAGGGUGUCGUUUGUUAGGGACCCACUAUACAGGUAUCUGCACCAUUUGCUCGCCACUUCUAUUUAG